AUGGCUGAAUCUCACAGAUUGUACGUUAAGGGUAAGCACUUGUCCUACCAGCGUUCCAAGAACGUGAACCACCCAGGCACGUCGUUGAUCCAGAUCGAGGGCGUUGGCAACACCCAGGACGCCAGAUUCUACUUGGGUAAGAGAAUUGCCUACGUCUACAGAGCCCAGAAGGAAAUCAGAGGCUCCAAGAUCAGAGUCAUCUGGGGCAAGGUCACCAGAACCCACGGCAACAACGGUGUUGUGAGAGCCAACUUCAAGAAGAACUUGCCUCCAAAGACCUUUGGUGCUUCCGUGAGAAUCAUGUUGUACCCAUCCAACAUCUAA